AGCGGCGAAAUUGAAAUAGUUUUGACAUGGUUAUGACAUUUGUUUGUAGUUGCGUUGCAGUGCAAUCCGGCAAGCAAUUAGUUUUUGUUGUGUUGUGCUUGUGUAAAGUGUAUAAUGUGACUCCCCAUUAGUAUCUAAAGGAGGAUGGUUCAAGAGAAAGUUUUAUAUUCAGUCGUCAGUACAUUCCAUCAUUCUGUUUUUUAUGUUAUUUAAAAGCAGUUAAAAUGAGUUUGAAAACGGAAACUAGCUAUAAUUUUGAAUUAAUAAGUAAAAAUCUACUAUGCGGGGGUAUAGCCGGUAUGGUUUCAAAGACAACGGUCGCACCCCUUGACCGUGUCAAAAUUCUGCUUCAAGCGCACAACAAGCAUCACGAAUCCCAUGGAGUUCUUUCUGGAUUCAGGCAUGUAAUAAAGAAAGAGGGUAUCUUUGCUUUGUACAAAGGUAAUGGUGCACAAAUGGUUAGGAUUUUUCCUUACGCAGCUACGCAAUUUACCUCAUUUGAAAUAUAUAAAAAAUGUUUGGAUGGUUUUUUUGGUGAAAAGUCGCAUUUCGACAAGUUUUUAGCUGGAGCUGGAGCAGGCGUGACGUCUAUAACUCUCACAUAUCCUUUGGACAUUAUUAGGGCAAGAUUAGCUUUCCAAGUCACAGGGGAACAUAUCUACUCAGGCAUAGCCCACGCGGCCUCCACCAUCUUCAAGGAAGAAGGCGGCGCCCGCGCUUUAUAUCGAGGCUUCAUGCCAACCCUCAUGGGCAUGGUGCCGUACGCGGGUCUAUCUUUCUACUGCUUCGAAUAUCUCAAAUUCGGCUGCAUGAAGUACCUUCCGCGACUGACCUGCAAACCCUGCGACAAGAACACCGGAGGGUUGGUCCUCUCCAUUCCCGCCAAACUUAUUUGCGGCGGUUUAGCGGGAGCCGUGGCUCAGAGUGUGAGCUACCCUUUAGAUGUCACCAGGAGGCGCAUGCAAUUAGCCAUGAUGAAUACGGACACCCAUCACUUCGCCAAAGGCAUGUUUUCCACUCUGGGGAAGAUAUAUAGGCAGCACGGAGUAAUAAAAGGGUUAUAUAGGGGGAUGUCUAUUAACUAUAUGAGGGCUAUACCCAUGGUAGCGGUGUCGUUUUCCACGUACGAGCUCUGCAAACAGAUUAUGGGUUUGGAUACAGGUCUAAAGGUGUGAAAUAUUGGAGACUUAUUUUAUUGUAAAGAAAAUUUGUUAUUCGUACAGAUUUAUGCGGAUUAAAAAUUAUAUUUUAGUAAUGGGAAAUAGAUUUAGCAGACAUGGGUGAAAAUAUAUUUUUCGAAUAUUCGACACACUUCAUAUUCUUUCUGUUACCCAUUGUUUAGGGUUAUUUGAAUUUAGCAGAGUGGGUAGCAUAAAAUGGGCUUGCUAAAGCUGACGAUUGUGGCAUAGAACUGAUUUUUGGUUACAAUAUUCGACUGAUAUUUGGAAUGCCCCUUAAAUAUUUUUGACAGCAAAAAUAUUGUGAUACAAUAUGACAAUUUUAUACGAAUUUAUAUUUUCCACAUACGUUUUCUUAAAAAUUUUCGAACGCUCUAAACGCAUUAUGUAGUUACAACGAUAUACAUAAGGAAAGGGAAAACCAAAUAUACUUUUUUUAAUGCGACGCCCCCUGAAAAUUGUAUACGGAUUUAAAUCAAAUUUGACAUUCAAGGAUAUAAACAUGAUUUUUUACCCCUGGAUGUCAAAUCAAAAAACCUAUAUAGAAACUACAGGAGGAUGUGUUAUUAAAAAAAAACACUCUGUAGUUUACUAGUUAAGGCUUGUUUUUUUCACCUCUUAUUAUAUUUAUUUACCAAUUAAAUCUAUAUCUACCUCUUAAAGUGACAUAUAUAGAUUUAAUUACUUACUUGGCACAUGAAAAAAAACGAUCCAAUAUACCGGGUGUCCCAUUUUAAUUGAUACACGUAAAUAUAUCGUCAGAAAAAUCACCAAUAGACAAAUAUCCUAAAAUAAAAGUUCACUGGGGGAAACCAGCUGCUUACCUAGGAUUUGACCUUGACCUUACCUUGAAAGUCAAUUGAAGGUCAACUUCGACAUUUUAAAUGGGAUCCCCUAUUUUUAACCUUGAAAAUGGAUUCAGCAGAAAAUUUUACAUCCAAAUGUGAUCAUAACUUUGACCUUGAGGUCAAGGUCAAGGCCACAACGAGUUUAAAUGGUUCGUCACCCUUGAAGUAGCCUCGGAAUAAAAUGUUGACCUCCAGAAUCAAUGGAAUUUACAUCAAGGUACUCAAUCAUGACCUUCGAUUCGUCCUUGACUUCCACUCUCUCAAGGUUAUUUGAGGGUCGACUAUGACAAUUGUAGGAAAAAAUAAUGCUACGAACGAGUGAGGGGAGAAUGAUAAAAAUAUCUUGUUUUGUUACUCAAUGGAGGUAUAACUUCGCUUGAGAAUUGAAAAAAGAUAUCUUAGUACAUUACAAAGUAAAACUGACUGACGAAGAAAAAUUGAGAAAAAAUAAAAAUAUUACACUACUAUUUGUGAGCUAUUGAAUUAUGUUAUCAUUACGUUAGUAUUCUGGAUUUAAAUCUUCACCUGAUCUUCAAAUGAACUUUUUAUUUGAUCCCUUACGUUGCAGCAUACUUGGAUACAAAUUUACCGUUUUCCCAAGAUCUGAUCUAAGCAGAUCCUAGCCCUAGCCUAGCCUAGCAGAAAGGAAAACAAAGUGAACCUUCAAAUUCAAUCUUGAACUUCUUUCGCAACAUUUGUAGAGGUGGAAGUCAAUUUUUAUAGUGGAUCUUCAAAUGACCUUGACACAGUGGAAGUCAAAGACGAAUCGAAGGUCGUGAUUGAGUACCUUGAUGUAAAUCACAUCGAUUCUGGAGGUCAACAUCUUAUUCCGAGGCUGCUUCAGGGAUGACGAAUCCUUUAAACCCGUUGUGACCUUGACGUCAAGGUCAAAGUUGUGAUCACAUCCAGAUGUAAAAUUUUCUGCCAAAUCCAUUUCCAAGGUUAAAAAUAGGGGGUCCCAUUUAAAAUUCCGAAGUUGACCUUUAAUCGAUAUUCAAGGUGAGGUCAAGGUCAAAUCCAAGGUAAGUAUCUGAUUUCCCUCAGUGAACUGAACUAAUUUUACUGUAGGCCAUUUUUCGAUUGAUGGCUUCUCUGACAAGAUAUUUAUGUAUAUCAAUUAAAAUGGGACACCCGGUAUAAUAAGUUAUUUUUUUACUGUCACUUUUGAAAUAUUUGCAGUCCUCUCUGCGUCACUAAUCUUGUUCUUCUUGAUUUGAAAUUUGAUUUAACUGAAAUCUCCAUAUUUUACACAACUGAAACAGAACUGGUUUGAAUUAGUGGUCAAUGUUAAGGAUUAUUUUGCAGUUGCUUAUUGUUGUCAGUUUAGUAAAAAAAAAAUCAAUAUAUAUUAAUUUUUCUAAAUCCUCAUAUUUUAAUGCUUUAGUGCCUUUCUGUGCAGACAACUCAUUGUGUUCAUGUUACUUGAAUUUAUUUUUAUUUACGUAUAAUAUAAAUAUAGCAAAACAUUGUUCUACCUAUAAAGAUAAGGACCUUCAGAUCUAAAUUCAAUACUUAACAACGGGAAUUUUGAUCUAUUACUGCUAGCCGAUGCAGUGUGUGUUGGUCCUUAUUUGUAUAAUCAACUCUGUGUCUGUCUCUCUCUAUAUAUAUAUUGUAUAUGUAGAAAAGGACAAUUGCAACAAACUGAUUAGUUGUCCUGGUCAUAAAUGUUAUAUUUAUUGUUUUUUUUUAUUUAUUUUAAAUACAUUUUUAUGAUUUGUUAUAUUUUAGAGGUUAA